GGAGCUUGUCUUCCGUUCACCUCAUCAAUUCUUCUCCAUAUAGAAAUAUCUAGAUAGCCACUUACACCUAUCAGAAGUUGCAACCGCCAUACAAAGCAUGAUACAACAUUAUCGACAUCUUCAAAUUCGUUGUUAUUCGGCGCAGCUCCAUUGUCAUACUUGAUAAUUGCGUUACAAUCAGCGAAUAUUGCUUCUUGGUCCCUUCAGCGUUAAGGGGUCCAAGGUUAUCAACUUCCUUGUCCAAGCAACGCCGAUUACUUCUGUCCUAGCUAUGUUAGAACUCCAAUAUCGAAAGCCUCCUUGGGCAGGUAGUACUGCAAUGUCUUUAUCUUCCACGAUUCUACAAACGUUUGAGGCAUCUUGUCUUUUUUGGCAUUGGCACAUCCACUCCUCAUGGCCCACCCGUCCACCAUGACAAUCAGAAGCAUGCAUUAAGGUUCUUACCCGUUCCAUCUACCGGUAAACCAAGAAAGUCCUAGUACUACAUUCCCAGUCGAUAUCUUCAAUGUCUUUGACUCCACAAUCACAUAUACCUGAGAUAGCAUCGACGAAUUUGGCUCCAUUGCCACUCUGUUUCCGAGGCCACUUUGGUCGUGCGUCAAGUGUCCACACUAAUGCAUGUUCUUGAACUCGAUUUAUGAGGAGAGCCAUAUUCCCGACAAGUUAGUUUAACCUUAUAAAUGCUGGUACGCUAUAUUUUAUGCUUUUAUUUUCAGUUUGUAUAUAAAUGUGCUAGCCGACGAGGUUAUGUGAGACCCCCCGGACCUUGCUGGACUUCUCAUAACACCUCUGUGGAGACAACGGUAACUGCGGGCAAAUUGGUCUUUUCAAAAUCGGUCUCAAUGUUUCAACUACUGUGGAACAUUGACAAUGAAAACCGUCCAUCGUGCCUUAAGUCUAAAGCAGUCUCCUUCCUUUUUCUCUCCAUUCUCCACCUUCAAUCAGCCUUUUCUUGAAAUGUUGCCCCCUCGUCCACUGUCCACUUGAACACGAUGGUUCAUUCCCCGUUAGCAAUGGAUCCAUUCUAUCAGUGAACAAACCCAUUAAUGUUAUCAUGAUCCUAGGAUGACCACACUUAUGGCAUUAAGUGUCUAGAUCCUGUGCUACGGAUUCCUCUUGAAUCUCGUGGAUUUUGCUAGGUUAGAAGUAUAAUUUGUCACGUCAAAGUCCUCGGCUGUGCCACUGAUGUCGUCAAACAUAGCAUCAUGUCUCCACACACGAGUAGUUCGCGGAGCUUAUCCAAACAACAGAAACAGGUUGCCUAUGUCAGUGGCCAGCCCUGCCGACAAUCUCCCAGGGCGUUUUCUAGGGUAGAAAAUAUAUUUAUAAUGAAUGCCAUCCGAUGUUUCUGCAUGUUCAUCUUCACUUGCAUCUUUCAUUCUAUUGUUCGCGGCCUUGUACACUCAUUCUCUGCCUUUGAGCAUUUUCAUUCUUUUGCCAGUCAUGAGGGUUCAAAACUGCCAUAUCGUUGGCGCCUUCCUUUUACCUUUGACCGUUGGUGCCACAAACUCUUCUUCAGUGGAGGGAUUACUAAGUUCCAAUAAUGUUGACCUCGGGGCUUGGUCUGCCGCUUACAGCAAAGCUCAAGCUUUCAUUGCGGAGCUCUCAAAUGAAGACAAGCUCAACUUGAUCACUGGCAACGAUAUAGCAUCAGCCAACUGGACAUCACUUGUCUUCUUGGAUGGAACACAAGGUCCUCAAGGUUACGAAUAUGUCACCGGGUGGGCAGAAACAUCCGCACUUGCGCAUUCAUGGGAUAAAACUAUGAUGUGGAACCAAUUCAAAGCAGUUGCUGCCGAAUUUUACAACAAAGGUGUGCAGGUCACGAAUGCUCCAACAUCUCAGCCUCUUGGUCGCACUCCUUGGGGGGGUCGUCUUGUCGAGACAAUGGGUCAAGACAGUUACCUGAACGGUAUCAUGUUCGGUCUUGGUGUCAAAGCCUUCUCAGAGACAGGAAUCAUUCCAGGAGGUAAGCAUUUCCUUCUCAAUGAGCAAGAAACCAAUCGACAAGCAUUUGGCCAUAGUGAUAUUGCUCCAUACACCUCCAACACUGAUGAUAAAACACUUCACGAGACAUAUCUCGCACCAUUCUAUGAUGGUGUUAAGAAUGGGAUGGGUGCAGUAAUGUGUGCUAUGACUCAAGUCAAUGGCACACUCUCUUGCGAAAACUCCGAUCUUUUGAUGCAUUAUCUAAAGACCGAGCUUGGAUACCCAGGGCUUGUAUUCCCAGAUCAAGGUGCCCAAUCGACUGCUUUUGGUUCUGCAAAUGGAGGUCUCGACUUUGGAGGCUCGAGGAUCUGGAGCAAUGCUACUAUCGCUACUGGUCUCGCUAAUGGUACACUCUCACAAGAACGGCUUGACGAUAUGGCCAUGCGAAAUGUCAUGGGAUACUACUAUGUCAACCUCAAUAAUGGUAGCCAGCCUUCGCACGUUAGCUCUACAACAUACCGCGAUGUUCGAGCAAAUCACAGUGCUAUUGUGAGAGAAAAUGGUGCGGCUUCGUUGGUUUUACUCAAGAAUACCAACAAUGCUUUGCCUCUUUCUAAUCCAUUAAGCAUAGCCAUCUUCGGUUCACACGCAGGCCCGAUUAUGGCUGGACCAAACUACGAGUUCACUAUCGACGAAACUAAGAUGGUUUAUGAAGGCCAUCUUGCAGGUGGUUCUGGAUCUGGUCAAACUUCUUUCCCUUACCUCAUUACUCCUCAGCAUGCUCUCACGACUCAAGCCAGAGAGGACGGUACCAUGGUUCGUUGGAUCUUAAAUAACACCUAUACCAACACCAUCUCCAACGGUAUAGGCGGUAGAAUGAGUAAGCGACAGACAGCAGUAGACUUUGGUGGAAAUGGAACCAUGAGCGGAGGUGGCGGCGGUGGCUUUGGAGGGGGAGGACCCCCAGGACUUGGCGGCGGAACUUCCCUCAGUCAGGACAUUUCUACAUACGCUACUGACGCAGAAGUCUGCUUAGUGUUUUUGAACGCAUUCUCCGGCGAAGGCGUCGAUCGCACUGAGCUCCGCAACACAGAUCAAGAUACACUUGUCAUUUCCGUAGCAGCCGAAUGUAACAACACCGUCGUCAUUAUCAACACCGUUGGUGCUCGACUCGUCGACACCUGGAUCGAGAAUGAGAACGUCACCGCCGUUGUCUACGGCGGGCUUCUCGGACAAGAAUCCGGCGAUUCUAUCGUCGAUGUCUUAUACGGAAAAGUCAAUCCUUCCGGACGUUUAUCCCACACAAUCGCGAAAAACGAAUCAGAUUACAACGUUGAGAUCUGCACAACUCAUGUUUGCAACUUUACUGAAGGUAACUUUAUCGAUUACAAAUACUUCGACGCAUAUAACGUUACCCCACGAUAUGAAUUCGGAUACGGGUUAAGCUACACCAGUUUCACGUACUCCGAUCUCGCAACUGAAAUAAUCAACUCCAGCGCCCUCGCAUCUACAUAUUCAACUGGCAUUCUAACCGUCGGAGGAAAAGAAGAUCUCUGGACUGAGGUCGUAUCGGUCAACGUCACAAUCACCAAUUCCGGAUCCGUCUCCGGCAACGAGGUCGCGCAAUUAUACCUGGAGUUCCCGGCCGAAGCUGACGAGCCAGUAAGACAGUUGAGAGGAUUUGAAAAGACGCGUUUGUUAGCGGCUGGGGAGCAGGAAACGCUGGGCUUUGCGUUGAGGAGGAGAGAUUUGAGUGUGUGGGAUACGGCAGCGCAGGAGUGGAUGGUGGUUAGGGGGACUUAUGUCGUGAAUGUUGGGGCUAGUUCGAGGGAUUUGAGGGUGGCGGGGACUGUUACUGUUGCUUAAGUUGUUGAUUUAGCAUUCGGGGUCAGAAGGUUGAUGUGGAUAGAAUUCAAUUGUACAUAUUUGACGGGAAUCAAAAAAUGUUGAUAAACCA